UAUAAAGAAUCAGUCUAAUCAACAGCUACAUCCAUUGUUAACACAACCGUCAACCGGUGAACAUACAUCGAGGAAAGCUCCAAAGACGAAGUUCUUUGCGCCCCCAAAAAAGCUUUUGGAUAUCAGUGAAAGAAAUCAAAAAAAAAAUAUUAUUUUCAUUUCAAAUCAAACAGUGUUGUGCUUUACCUUUCGAUAUUAAGCCCAUAAAUAAAAACAGAUAAAAAUGCAUAAAAAUCUUCUUCUUCUCAGUGUGUUAAUUUUCGUGAAAUCUUCACUUGCGGCUAAAUUUCCUGACGACAUUCCAAAAUGCAAAGCUGCGGAUUUAAAAUGCUUGCCAGAAGUAAUUACAAAUGUCAUUAAAAUGGUACCAAAUGGGCACAGAGGACUUCAUCUCAUUCCCAUUGAUCCCCUUCACAUAAAUGAAAUUAAAAUUACACAGGAACGUGAAAGUCCAGUGAAUAUUAAUUUAGUUCUCAGCAAUACUGACAUUAUUGGUCUGAGAAAUGUUGUGGUGACGAGAGUGAAGGGCUUUGAAAAGGAUCCAACGAACGUUGUGUUUGAAGCUGAGGCAAAAUUGAAGCAAAUUGCCUUAUUGGGACACUACAAAAUCGACGGGCGUGUGCUGAUUCUCCCUAUUCAGGGCAAUGGCAAGAGUAAUCUCACACUGGACAACCUCACGUUCAAGCUCAAGUUCAAGACGACGCAAACGUACAAAAACUCCAAAGUUUACAUUCAAACGAAAGAUUUUCUCUUCAAUUUCGACACAACACGACUCUACAUUAGCUUUGAGAAUCUCUUCAACGGCGAUAAGGCACUCAGUGAUAACAUGAACCGAUUCCUCAAUGAGAAUUGGAAGGAUAUUCUCGAUGAAUUGAAGCCCGCAAUUACCGAUGCCUUCUCGCAAAUUUUCAACUCAAUAAUCAAUACGAUAUUCUCAAAAAUAGCCUACAGUGAUAUAUAUCUGGACUAAAAAAGGAUUCGGCGAAGUAUUUAAUAAGAAAAAAAAAUCUCUUAAAACUAAAUAAAGUCGAUGAAGAAGUUUCUUAUUUACAACAAAAAUCAACUGUAUCUUGUUCUCAGGCAAAAUGACAUAUUGUACUGUAGUUUGCAAAAGAAAUGCAAAAUUAUUCAAAUUAUUGCAAAAGCAUGUAGAGAGGAAAAAAAACUUUGUAUCACUUUGUACAUAUUUUAGUACUAAAAUAUAUAUUAUUUUAUAUUUAAAAAAAAAAACAUUCUGAAGUGAUAAAUGGAUUUUUAUAUUUAUUGUGCAAUAUAGAAUCAAUUAGAACAAUUUCUAAAUGAUUGUUAUACAUUUUUAUAAUAUAAAAUGUACGGGUAAGCUGACCAAGCUUACGAGAGCUGUGUUUCUUUCAGUCUACCAAUUUUGUGAGAGCAAACUAGAACGCGAAUUAAUUUAAAUACGCGCAAAGUCGGGAAAAGUUGAAAAGUCAUCCCCCAAGAAAUCUUUAAAACGCCAUAUCUCGGGAACGGCUCCAUAGAUUUUCGAGUUUGAGCUAUCGUUGGAAAGGUCUUAACCUCAACAAUAAUAUAUUAAAAUAUGAAGUAAAUCGAUAAUGGCAUUUUCGAAAUAUUCGAGUUCGAAAUUUUCGAAAAUUUUGAUUUUGACUUUAGCGCCCCUCGCGGUCAUUUCUCGAAUUUGCAAUGUUCUAGACAUUUGUAGGGCUUCACGAAACCUUUCAUUUGCACUUGAGUUGAUCAAAAUCGGACUUGUAGAACCCGAGAUAUGACAUGCCAACUUUGGAAGGCUAUAUCUCGAGAACGGAGACAUAGAUUUUCUUCAUUUUUGGCAUGGAGCUAGAUAAUAUGGUCAGCUAUAACAUAUCAAAAAAUGAAGCAAAUCGAUAAUGGCGUUUUCGAGAUAUUCAUCGAAAACUCAUCGAAAAUUUUGUUUUUGAUUUUUGGCCCCUUAGCGGUCAUUUUUAAAACUUCGGAUGUUCUAGAGAGUUGUAGGGCUUGUUGAGAGCUUUCAUUUGAGCCUGGGUUGAUCGAAAUCGGUCAAGCCGUUUUCGUGUUAUGGUCGAUUUUCGAUGAAAAAUUGUGGCGGCCAUAUUGACUAAACGGCUUGACCGAUUUUCGAAAAUGAGGUAUCGUUGGAAAGCUCUUGAUGGCCCCUACAACAUAUCUAAAUUUCAGAUUUUUAGCUAUUACAGGGGCUGAGAUAUAGCGAAAACAAAAUUUUGAGGUUAUCCAAAAUGGCGGACGGGGGGGUGGGGGAUAAAAUUUGACAUCAUAAUCGGAUGUCUUCCGGUCGAUAUUUAAACUUUGCCGUUUACCGCAAGUUUCUAUCUACUACCGUUCUCUUGCAAUUUAGCGUUAGGUUCCGGCCGGCCGGACGGACGGACGGACGGACGGACGGACGGCCGGAAAAAAAAUUUUUUGGCGCAUACGUUUUUUGGAAUGUGGGGACCCUAAUUCGUGCUCAUUCCAAGUUUGAGCCCGAUCUGACGACUUUCGAUUUUGCUCGGUACACAAAAGCUGUGUCUGAAAGAAACACAGCUAAAACAUUAAUUGCAAUAUCAAUAAACUCUAUAAGAAAUGUGGCAAAAUAAAUUUUCAAUUC